ACCACAGCCACAAAGUCAAAAAGGCUAUGUCGUCUUAAUUUAAGGUUAGGGUUAGGCAUAAGGUUAGUCGUUCGGUUAAGGUUAGGUUUCAAAUCAGACGUUAAGAAGAUAAAUUGUAGAAAUGGGCGGGGUUUAACCAUCAUUAUGACUUUGUGGCUGUGGUAACUAGUGACGACCCCCAUCAGGAGCCAUUUUGUACACAGAUCACUAACAUACAUGUAAACUCCGAUCUCUCCGCGCAGCGGUAGACUCGGAUAGUCUAGUUGAGCGCAAACCUGGAUUAUAUAUUAGCUAGACUACAUUUCAAACGGAAUCAGGACCAAACUCCUGAAAUUGUGAAUUUACUAAUGCACACGGGUUACUAAACAGUCUUGUCUUUCUCUAACCGUCCCGCUAAGGUGUUGUGCCGCCACGGCAUUACCGAGGCUACCCACCGACACGCUGUGGUUAGAUGGAUCGGAGAAGCCAGUGGUUAUUUAAGUAUUGUGGCAUCGGGCUGAUGUCGGGACGAUCUCCGGUUUAAAUGUUCGCGACGGGAAAAGCAGGAGAAAAUCGUCCCUGUCUUCUAUCAAUACGAGAACAUCAUGGCUUUUUCCUGGCUGACUUGUUCACUUCUUCUGGGAACUUUGUGUGCAGGCUGGGGCCAUGGUGAUGUGGAGACCAGAGAUUGUGUGUACUACAAUGAUAACUGGCGUACAGAGCGUACCAACCACAGUGGUGUGGAGAGGUGUGAGGGGGAGAAGGAUAAACGACUACACUGCUACUCCUCCUGGCUCAACGUCUCAGGAACCAUCAAACUGGUGAAGAAAGGCUGCUGGCUGGAUGACUUCAACUGCUAUGACAGGCAGGAGUGUGUGUCCAUGGAAGAGAACCCCCAGGUGUUCUUCUGCUGCUGUGAGGGGAACUACUGCAAUGAGAGGUUCACACACCUGCCUGACCUCGUCGCCGCCGGCAACAGAGUGAAAAUCCGCCCCCCUCCCAGAGUGCCGUCUCUGUUGAAUAGCCUGGUGUACAGUCUGCUAUCUCUGUGUGUUCUGUCUCUGACCCUGCUACUGGCCCUGUGGAUGUACCGACAGCGCAAACCACCAUACGGACAUGUUGACCUCCUUGAGGACCCUCGGCAAACCCCUCCCUCUCCCAUGGUGGGGCUGAAGCCGCUGCAGUUACUGGAGGUGAAGGCAAGGGGGCGCUUCGGCUGUGUGUGGAAGGCUCAGCUGAUGAGUGAAUACGUGGCUGUAAAGGUCUUCCCUGUUCAGGAUAAGCAGUCGUGGCAGAAUGAGAGAGAUAUCUUCCUGACUCCUGGUAUGAGACAUGAGAACUUGCUUCGUUACAUCGCUGCAGAGAAACACGGCAGCAACAUGGAGACGGAGCUCUGGCUCAUCAUGGAGUUCCAUGAACGGGGUUCGUUGACUGACCAUCUGAAGGACAGUACGGUGACCUGGUCUGAAAUGUGUCACAUUGCUGAGACUAUGUCCCGUGGUCUGGCUUACCUCCAUGAAGACACACCCAUCAACAAGGGAGAAGGUCCCAAACCCACCAUCGCACACAGGGAUUUCAAGAGUAAGAACGUGAUGUUGAGACAUGAUCUGACAGCCAUCAUCGGAGACUUUGGUCUGGCGGUCCGGUUUGAGCCGGGGAAACCUCCAGGAGACACCCACGGACAGGUGGGUACGUGGCGUUACAUGGCCCCUGAGGUUCUGGAAGGGGCUAUAAACUUCCAGAGAGACUCCUUCCUGAGGAUAGAUAUGUAUGCUAUGGGGCUGGUGCUGUGGGAACUGGUGUCACGAUGCAUCGCCACAGACGGUACUGUAGGAGAGUUCAUGCUGCCGUUUGAGGAGGAGAUUGGCCAACGCACGUCUCUACAGGAACUGCAGAAUGUGGUCGUUCACAAGAAGAUGAGGCCGGUCUUCAAGGACACCUGGCUCAAACACCCGGGUCUGUCUCAGUUGUGUGAGACUAUAGAGGAGUGUUGGGACCAUGACGCCGAGGCUCGUCUCUCCGCCGGCUGUGUCGAGGAACGCAUCUCCCAGAUCACCAGGACAACCGUCGGCACUACCUCAGACCGCCCAGUUGCCAUAGUAAUGUCGGUAACCGACGACGACGACCUACCUCCCAAAGAGUCCAGCACCUGAGUUCUGUGCUACUGUGACGUCAUCACGGAAGUGGAACGAUGCUCCUGACUUUUCUAGCAUAAACUUUUAAACAACUUGAAUACAGCUGCUAUUUUUAUAAUCUUGAUAUUGGUAUUAUUGUUUUUAAGACUUUUUUAUUUUAUUUUAUAUCAAGUCUUCUCUUCCAUCUGUCUUCUGUAGUUUUCACUGAGAAAAAAAUAUGACAGAAAUAAGACAUAUAUGCUGGACAAGACCUCUCUUAAGACAUUAACUUGUUAAAUCUUCUAUUCAGUCAAUACCUCAUUUUGUGUUCAGUAGGUUUGAUUAUUACCUCGUCCUGUCGUCUGGUCAAGAUGGCGGCCAGCCAAAGAAAGCUAACCGUAUUCCAAACCUUUGACGUGACGAUGCACAGUGUGUGUGUGUAUAUAUAUAUAUACACACACACACACACACACACACAAAACCCGGACUAUACACUCAUACACACACAGCCCAGACGAUAGACCGUGUAUAUAUACACUCCUACACACACACAGCCCAGACGAUAGACCGUGUAUAUAUACACUCAUACACACACAGCCCAGACGAUAGACCGUGUAUAUAUACACUCCUACACACACAGCCCAGACGAUAGACCGUGUAUAUAUACACUCAUACACACACAGCCCAGACGAUAGACCGUGUAUAUAUACACUCAUACACACACAGCCCAGACGAUAGACCGUGUAUAUAUACACUCACACACACACACAGCCCAGACGAUAGACCGUGUAUAUAUACACUCCUACACACACAGCCCAGACGAUAGACCGUGUAUAUAUACACUCACACACACACACACACAGCCCAGACGAUAGACCGUGUAUAUAUACACUCCUACACACACAGCCCAGACGAUAGACCGUGUAUAUAUACACUCCUACACACACAGCCCAGACGAUAGACCGUGUAUAUAUACACUCACACACACACACAGCCCAGACGAUAGACCGUGUAUAUAUACACUCCUACACACACAGCCCAGACGAUAGACCGUGUAUAUAUACACUCACACACACACACAGCCCAGACGAUAGACCGUGUAUAUAUACACUCAUACACACGGAAAGGGGAAGGGGCCCGGACGCUACGCAGGAGUAGCGUUGGACAAACGGACUUGGAAAGGAUUAGGACAAAAAAUGACACUUGUGGUUUUGGAUUGUAACUACUACAUCUCAGGAUUCGAGCCAAUUGGAACAUUUAUCUACACAUGUAGAGACGCCAAGCUAUCAGGGCUUCAUUGGACACACCUUUUAUCUGACAUUACUCAAUGAAAUCGGAAAUUUAAAUGUUAUACGUUCUGGAUGUAACUUUUUUUUUGUGCGUAUGUGUUUUGUACGUGUGUGUGUGUGGAAGGAAGGAAGGAAGGAAGGAAGGAAGGAAGGAAGGAAGGAAGGAAUAGACUGACAGGAGUAUUUUUGUGUUUUUUGUCUGAACAGCAGUUGAAGCUGUGAAUAAGUAUUUGAAGGGCCAUGCUUGAGUUGGUUACAAGUCUCAGUUUUUUUUUUUUCUCUGUCUGCUCAGUAGACCAGUUUCACAAAGCUAUGAUUUCCAGUCUUUUAUUUUGGAAACAAUUUGUCUGACUUGUGAGACUAAGUUUCAGUUACCUCAGCAACCUGUAUGUUAUUCAGUUACCUCAGCAACCUGUAUGUUAUUCAGUUACCUCAGCAACAUGUAUGUUAUUCAGUUACCUCAGCAACAUGUAUGUUAUUCAGUUACCUCAGAAACCUGUAUGUCAUUCAGUUACCUCAGAAACCUGUAUGUCAUUCAGUUACCUCAGAAACCUGUAUGUCAUUCAGUUACCUCAGCAACAUGUAUGUUAUUCAGUUACCUCAGAAACAUGUAUGUUAUUCAGUUACCUCAGCAACAUGUAUGUCAUUCAGUUACCUCAGAAACCUGUAUGUCAUUCAGUUACCUCAGAAACCUGUAUGUCAUUCAGUUACCUCAGAAACCUGUAUGUCAUUCAGUUACCUCAGCAACAUGUAUGUUAUUCAGUUACCUCAGAAACCUGUAUGUCAUUCAGUUACCUCAGAAACCUGUAUGUCAUUCAGUUACCUCAGAAACAUGUAUGUUAUUCAGUUACCUCAGCAACAUGUAUGUUAUUCAGUUACCUCAGAAACCUGUAUGUCAUUCAGUUACCUCAGAAACCUGUAUGUCAUUCAGUUACCUCAGAAACAUGUAUGUUAUUCAGUUACCUCAGCAACAUGUAUGUUAUUCAGUUACCUCAGAAACCUGUAUGUCAUUCAGUUACCUCAGAAACCUGUAUGUCAUUCAGUUACCUCAGAAACAUGUAUGUUAUUCAGUUACCUCAGAAACAUGUAUGUUGUUCAGUUACCUCAGAAACAUGUAUGUCGUUCAGUUACCUCGGCAACCUGUAUGUCGUUCAGUUACCUCGGCAACCUGUAUGUCGUUCAGUUACCUCGGCAACCUGUAUGUCGUUCAGUUACCUCGGCAACCUGUAUGUCGUUCAGUUACCUCGGCAACCUGUAUGUCGUUCAGUUACCUCGGCAACCUGUAUGUCGUUCAGUUACCUCGGCAACCUGUAUGUCGUUCAGUUACCUCGGCAACCUGUAUGUCGUUCAGUUACCUCGGCAACCUGUAUGUCGUUCAGUUACCUCGGCAACCUGUAUGUCGUUCAGUUACCUCGGCAACCUGUAUGUCGUUCAGUUACCUCGGCAACCUGUAUGUCGUUCAGUUACCUCGGCAACCUGUAUGUCGUUCAGUUACCUCGGCAACCUGUAUGUCGUUCAGUUACCUCGGCAACCUGUAUGUCAUGCAAGAAAAACUAAACUCAGUGGCUGCCUUUAUUUCAACUGCAUACCAGACUAGCCUGGUUCCAGAUCUGUUUGUGUUGCCUUGCCAACUCCUAUGGUCAUAACAACACAAACACACCUGGAACCAGGCUUUUAUGACAAGACUAUAACAAACUAGUGAAUAUCCACACAAUGCUGCUGAUACUCACUACCAGGUUUGGGAUCCAGCGGAGGACUGGCAAUCUGGCAUAUCGGGAAAAUUCCUUAUGGGCUGGUCCAUUUUUAGCCCAGUGGGCCUGUCUAACUUGUUGUUCUUUUGAGCAAAAAUGAUAAUUAUCUGGCUAAUAAUAGGGCCUAAGGGGGGAAAAUGGGCCGGUGUGGGGGCCUUGAAGUAGAAGUCUACGCAGGAUUGAUGAAUUAAUCCCGCCAUACUGCGGCCGCACACACAACCGCUGGCUUUCUGUCCGGACUCCCACCCGCUACCACAAGAACUGGUCCCGAACCCUUUUAUAAGCUUCCCCUGGUUCCUGCGGGUCCCGACAGAUCAUUGCGACGUGGUCAGCAUUCUCCAUGCUGCAGUUGGGUGCAGCCCUUUACCUUGAUGGGAAAAAUGGUUUUGUUUUGGGCCUCAAGCAAAAACAAAUUGCCUUUGUGGGGGCCUCAAGCAAAAACAAAUUGCCUUUGUGGGGGCCUCAAGCAAAAACAAAUUGCCUUUGUGGGGGCCUCAAGCAAAAACUAAUUGCCUUUGUCGGGGCCUCAAGGAAAAUAAUGGGCUGCCCUGGGGGCCUCCAUGGAAUAUAAUAGUCCAGUGUUUGAAAUGCCAGGGCUGAUUUCUGGUCCCAGUCCGCCCAUGUUGGGAUGAAUAGCAUUUAAAUUCCUAUCAGUUCAGAUUGGAAUUCCCAAUGGAAAAUUUUCCGCAUUGAAAAGAAAUGUAAUUUCAUUGUACUUCCUGAAAUUGAAUUGACCCCUACCGUGCCCACUACUCAAGAGUCCUCAACGAUAGGUAAUGUUGAUGUCGUCAUGUAUUCUCUGUUCUGUCUUUUAACUGACAACUCUCUCUGUGAAUGUACUGUAAGUGAUGCUCAUUGUAAUAAUAUGUAUUUUUAUGUUAGUUCUCAACUGUUUACCCCUUUUGACAUCACAUAUACCUCAGGUUUUUAUACAGAUGAAUUAAUAUCUCUGUUAUAUUACGUUUCUUAUCGUGUUUUAGUAGUUAUAUUUUACUGCAAGUUUUACUUUUGUUUAUAUUUUUAUGUACCAUGGAGAUUUCAAAUUCUAUUGGACUGACUAGUUGCAUAUAGGACGUGUUUAAAGUUGUUAAACCCAAAUUAGAGGCUGGAACUUGGUAUGUAAAUACUUGUUGUUGUUGUAAUGUACACAGUUGCAGAACACUGAUUUUACACCGUAUCUUGUUGGGGGAAUGUUUUUGUCAUUUUACUUGAUUGAAAGGGGAAUUUGAAGAGUGUCUCUGUGGUUUUUAUAAUGUGUUUUCUAUUUCAUUUUCUAAAUAUCAUGGUUCUCCCCUAAAUAAUAUGAGGGACGCUGCAUCACCUUUUGGGCUGGCUGCGCCACUAUGCAAUUUUAUAUAGUACCUACUCAAAGGGUUUUUCUUUAUUUUUUACUAUUUUCUACAUUGUAGAAUAAUAGUAAAUAUAUCAAAACUGUGUGUUUGUGUGGAGUCAUGUAGUAACCAAAAAUGUGUUAAACAAAUCAAAAUAUAUUUAAGAUUCUUCAAAGUAGCCACCCUUUGCUUUGAUGACCGCUUUGCACCUGGCGUUCUCGCAACUGACUUCAUGAGGUAGUCACCUGAAAUGCUUUUCCAACAGUCUUGAAGGAGUUCCCACGUAUGCUGAACACUUGUUGGCUGCUUUUCCUUCACUCUGCGGUCCAACUCAUCCCAAACCAUCUCAAUUGGGUUGAGGUCAGGUGAUUGUGGUGGCCAGGUCAUCUGGGUCAUUGUCCUGUUAAAAACAACUGAUAGCCCCACUAAGCCAAACCAGAUGGGACGUUUUAUCUCUGCAGAAUGCUGUGGUAGCCAUGCUGCUUAAGUGUGUGCCUUGAAUUCAAAUAAAUCACUGACAGUGUCACCAGCAAAGCACCAUCACACCUCCAUGCUUCACGGUGGGAACCAGACAUGCGGAGAUCCCACAAAGACACGGCGGUUGGAACCACAAAUCAAAAAUUUGGACCCAUCAGACCAAAGGACAGAUUUCCACCGGUCUAAUGUUCAUUGCUCGUGUUUCUUGGCCCAAGCAAGUCUCUUCUUCUGAUUGGUGUCCUUUAUUAGUGGUUUAUUUGCAGCAAUUCAACCAUGACGGUCUGAUUCACACAGCCUCUUCUGAACAGUUGAUGUUGAGAUGUGUCUGUUACUUGAAGUCUGUGAAGCAUUUAUUUGGGCUGAGUCUGGUAACUCGAAUGAACUUAUCUUCUGCAGCAGAGAUAACUCUGGGUCUUCCUUUCCUGUGGCGGUCCUCAUGAGAGCCAGUUUCAUCAUAGUGCUUGAUGGUUUUUGCGACUGCACUUGAAGAAAAGUUCAAAGUUCUUAAUUUUCCAUAUUGACUGUCAUUUCUCUUUACUUAUUUGAGCUGUUCUUGCCAUAAUAUGGACUUGGUCUUUUACCAAGUAGGGCUAUCUUCUGUAUACCACCCCUACCUUGUCACAACACAACUGAUUGGCUCAAAUGCAUUAAGAAGGAAAGAAAUUCCACAAAUUAACUUUUAACAUGGCACACCUUUUAAAUGAAAAGCAUUCCAGGUGACUAGCUCAUGAAGCUGGUUGAGAGAAUGCCAAGAGUGUUUAAAGCUGUCAUUAAGGAAAAGGCUGUCUACUUUGAAGAAUCUCAAAUAUAAAAUAUUUUGAUUUGGUUAACACUUUUGGUUACAUGAUUCCAUAUGUGUUAUUUCAUAGUUUUGAUGUCUUCACUAUUUUACAAUGUAGAAAAUAGUAAAAAUAAAGAAAAACCCAUGAAUGAGUAAGUGUCCAAGCUUUUGACUGGUAGUGUGUGUUUGUGAGAAACUUUAUUUGUUAUCAUUUAUGGCAAUGUUUUGCUCUAGAUUUCAGGAAAUUGCAGUUACAGGUAUUAAAAAAAUUCAAAUUUU